AUGUCGUCGUUAAACGAUGAGCCCGACGAGAACAAUCACAUCUUCUACGAUCCGGUGACACUGUUACGGCCGAUUUCAAGGGCGACUGGAAUCAGUUUGGAUCAGCUAAACUUCGUCACUGUGCUCUUCGUUUCCUUCGGUUUGGGCUACUGGUAUCGUCUACAAUUUCGUGAUGCCAAUCGGACAACUCGUGCUGCAGUAACUACUGGAAUCGGACUAUUUUUCAGCUAUUUUUGCUAUGGAAACGCAAUAAUCCAUUUAUUCAUCAACGGAUUCGGAAGCUACAUUCUAAUGGUCGCCAUCCCGCCUCAACAUGUUCACAAAGCAGUUUUCGCCUUCGCAAUGGGAUAUCUCUUGCUAAUUCACGCCUAUCGUUGGAUGUACCAAAAGACGUACUGUCUAGAUGUGACUGGAAGUAUGAUGGUGGCUGUGGGGAAGAUAACUCUGCUAGCGUCAGCAAUUCAUGAUGGGAUGGGGAGAGAUGAAAAGGAUUUGAGUGCUGGACAAAAGAGAGAUGCUGUGAAGGAAAUUCCGAGUCUUUUAGACUUUGCGAGCUAUAUGUUCAAUUUUCAGACUGUAAUCGUCGGCCCGAUGAAUCACUACCACACGUGGUCCAACUUUUUAGACCUGAAACACGUUCCGAAAGAUGAUAAAACUGGAAAACCUCACGAUCCAACUGACACUGCUAUGCUGAAAUUCGAGAUGGCUCUCGGAUUCUCUGUCGUUUAUACCAUUCUCUCUCCUUAUCUUCCGAUGAGUCUGACCUCCGAUCCAGCGACGAAUGAAUACAAUUUGGUGGUCUGGUGGUUGAUUACAGUGGCUGCGUCGACGGUUCACAGGCUGCCUUAUUACUUUGCGUGGACUAUUUCCGACGCUAUCUGCAACAUCUCUGGAUUCGGAUUCGACGGUCUCACUGAGGACACCCUGGAGCCGAAGUGGUCAAAAACUACAAACGUGAAGCCGUUGAGAGUAGAGUUCGGUCAAAACUACAAAGAGAUGGUUGACAACUGGAACAUCUGGACAGUCGCGUGGCUCCGACGAGUCGUCUACGAACGUGUCGAUGGUCCCUACCGUACUCUUGCAGUCUACGUGACGGGUGCGGCGUGGCAUGGCCUGGCAGUUGGAUACUAUUUCUCGUUCUUGACAAGCGCCUUGUUCACAUUAUCGGCUGCUACGUUCCGUCGUUGUAUGCGGCACCGAUUCCUUGACAACGCUAUGCACAAACUAAUGUAUGAUAUAUUCGGAAUGGUGGUGUCCAAAUUUGCAAUCGGAUACAUCCACUGGCCAUUCUUCGUAAUGCACUUCUGGCCGAGUCUCUUCGUGUACAGAAAACUCUACAUGACUCCCCAUUUGAUUGCCCUCUUCAUCUAUAUCUACCUUCCACAAAUAUUCCCGCCACAAUCGAAGAGUAAGAUGUCAUCUAUCUCUGUAUCAAGCAAUUCGUCUAGUCUUCACACUGAAAAGUCGGAUACUUCACAGAGGAGCACGAGAUUUGAGAACUCUACUCGCACUGCCAUUGAGAAAUAA